GAGAGACGCUCCUCCCCUGCAGGCUGUUCAGCUGAAGCGCUUCUCUCCAUCCUCAGCUUCAGCUCCAUGGGGACACACGCAGCCACACUCUACUGCUGCUUGUUUUCAUGACUUUCACAGACUUUUCUCGGGAGUGGACUAUAAAGCAUCAGACGUCAAUGGAUUAGUACUGAGCUUGGAGGAUUAUUAUUACUGCGCUGAAGCUUUUUUUUAUUGGAUGUUCAUGAGGACUCUGUCCAUGUCUUCUGACGGAUGAUGGCUCCGGCAGUCUCCGUCAUUCCACUAUUUGGCAUAAUUCUGGAAAUCAGUUGUGUUGCUGCCAUUGAGCUGCGGUUUAUGCCUGAUCCACCAACACUGAACAUCUAUGGCAUCCACAGGAUGAACAAAUCUGACAACCUGGAACUAACAUGCAGAGGUCGCCAGUACCUGAGGUGGACGACCCCUUCUACAAGCACUCGCUUCUCCACCAGUGACUGCAGUGGAUCAGGACUCUUUUGCACAACUCUGCGGAUCUCCAACGCAACUGUGAAUGAAACUGGACAGUACCAGUGCUCCUACAGCGACCUGAGAGUCGAAGAUGGCAAGACUUCAGCAGCGACUUAUGUGUUUGUCCAAGAUUACAAGGUGCCGUUCGUGCCGUCUGAGAAAGAAUAUGAGGUGGUGUUCAUCCGUGAGGGAGAGCGGGUGGUUAUACCAUGCCGAGGCUCAGUGGAGAAUCUCAACGUUACGCUCCACACUAAGUAUCCAAAUAAGGAGCUCCAUCUCGAUGGGAAGGAUUCUCUGUGGGACGCCAGGACGGGUUUCACUGUUCCCAGUUAUCUGAUCAGCUACGCCGGCGUCGUGUCCUGCCAGACUCGUAUUGGAAAUGAGACAUUUAAGUCCCCUCUCUACAUUGUUGCUGUUGUCGGAUACAAGAUCUAUGACCUCACCCUGAACCCCACGCAAGUGAGGCUGUCUGUGGGGGAGCAGCUGGUGCUCAGCUGCACUGCCCACACCGAGCUCAAUGUGGGCAUCGAAUUCAACUGGACGCACUCCGGUCAGGCUCUGACCUCUGUGAAUGGUUCGAGGUCGACCCAUGCAACACCCCACAAGAAGAAGCUGUGGAACUCUCUGGAGCUGUCCAACACACUCAUAGUGGAGAAUGUCACAGUUGAUCACACCGGAAAGUACACCUGCACUGCAUCCAGUGGGCAGAUGGAGAAAAGUGCCUCAGCAUUUCUUAAAGUGUAUGAAAAGCCUUUCAUUGAUAUGAAAGAGCCGUUGACGAAGGUUUGGGAGGUAAAUGUGGGAGAUCAAACAUCCACCACGAUCCCUGUCAAGUACUCAGCCUACCCGGAGCCCAGCUUUAAAUGGUUAAAAAAUGGCCUACCAUUGAGGGAUGAUUACAGAAUAAAACAGAAAAGUGAUGCCCUCAUCAUCCGUGGAGUCACAGAAAUGGAUGCAGGGAAUUACACAAUGGUCCUGACCAAUAAGAUUACUAAAGAGGAAUGGAGACACUCUUUCCAGCUGCUGGUCAACGUGCCUCCUCAUAUCAUUGAGAAGGAGGUGGCGGUGGACACUGAUGUGCACCCGUAUGGCAGCAGCCCCACCCUAAGGUGCACCGCUCGUGGAUUUCCCACACCUGCACACAUCCAGUGGCAGUGGAUGUCCAAGGAGGACUGUCCAGAGGCCUUCUUGUCAUGGCUGAUGAAGUCUGAGGUACAGCUAGAGGAGUGUACAGGUUGGAAAAAUAUCAGCAAUAGCACUGGUCACCACCCUGUAGAACGAAUUAUGACUGACCCUGAUCUUGCUCAAAAGAAAAUCGUGAGCUCUUUGAAGAUUCAGAAAGCUGAGACCCAUGCCCUCUACAGAUGCAUGGCUGCCAACAAAGCAGGAGAGGAUUCACGCAUCAUCUUUUUCCAUGUGACACGUGGCCUUGAGGUGAGUGUGUCUCCAUCCAAUGAGCCCUUAGAGGAGGACCAUGUUGUUCUGCAGUGUAAGGCAGACAGGCUGAUCUACGGCAACCUUGCCUGGUUCCGCGUGACCAACGUCUCAAAAUUAAAGCAGAUUGGGUCGAUGCAGCGCUGUCGCUCCCUGGCGUUGCACCUGAGGCCCCUGUCGCAUGUAGUGCUGUCCAGCGUGCAGGGCACCAACGUGACCCUGGAGCUGCCACUGCCCAACGCGUCCCGUCAUGAUGAGGGUCUGUAUGCCUGUCAGGUCGAAAAUAUCAAGACUCAGGAGAGAACCUGCUUGCUACGCCAUCUUUCUCUCAAAAGUCUUGAGGCUGCAAGGAUCCUUAAUAAUUUAACCGAUCAAAAAGUUAACAUGAGUGGAACAAUCAGUCUCCACUGUGAUGCAACAGGGAUGCCAAACCCAACGGUGGUGUGGACAAAAAACAACCUCACUGUGGUGGAAGGUUCAGGUGUGAUUCUGAGCCAGCGCAACCAUAUUCUGACAAUUCAGCGUGUGAAGAAGGAGGACAGUGGUCUGUACACCUGCACUGCAUGUAACAGCCGUGGCUGUGACACCUCACGGGCCUUUUUGACUACUGAAGGUGCAGAGGAAAAGACUAAUGUGGAACUGAUUGUUCCUAUUGGGUCAGUGGUCAUCGCCAUGUUUUUCUGGUUACUGAUCGUCUUUGUCAUCCGUGGAAGAAAGAGACCAAAUGGUGUGGAACUGAAGACGGGCUACCUGUCCAUGAUCCUGGACUCAGAGGACAUGCCCACGGAUGAGCAGUGUGAAAGGCUCAUGUAUGAUGCUAACAAAUGGGAGUUCCCUCGGGACAGACUGAAGCUAGGUGACCCACUGGGACGAGGAGCGUUUGGUCAGGUAGUAGAAGCAGCCGCCUUUGGCAUUGAGAAAGCUACCACAUUCACCACUGUUGCAGUCAAGAUGCUCAAGGAGGGAGCCACAUCUAGUGAGUACCGUGCCUUGAUGUCAGAGCUGAAAAUACUCAUUCAUAUCGGGCAUCAUCUCAAUGUCGUCAACUUGCUGGGAGCCUGUACGAAGCCUGGAGGGCCACUGAUGGUGAUUGUGGAGUACUGUAAACAUGGAAACCUCUCCAGCUACCUGAAGAGUAAGCGCGGAGAGUAUAGCCCCUACAAGAGGAAGCAGGUGGACAGCCAGAGGUGGGCGUCUACAGAGGAGGAUGUUACCGACGGGGAUCUGGGUCUGGGGAAGAUUGCCCAGCUGGACAUCUGCACAGGAACGGCUGUCUGCGCCAGAGCUGGAGACAGGGCUUCAGGCAGCAACGUGGACACUCAGGAAGAGAGCUCAGACGAUGACCAUCUGACCAUGGAAGACCUGAUAAGCUACAGCUUCCAGGUGGCCAAAGGCAUGGAGUUUCUGUCCUCCCGCAAGUGUAUCCACAGAGAUCUAGCAGCCAGAAACAUCCUGCUUUCAGAGAACAAUGUGGUGAAGAUCUGUGACUUUGGCCUCGCUAGAGAUGUAUACAAAGACCCUGACUAUGUCCGCAAGGGAGAUGCACGUCUCCCUCUGAAGUGGAUGGCUCCUGAGACCAUCUUCGAUCGGGUGUACACCACACAAAGUGAUGUUUGGUCCUUUGGGGUCCUUCUCUGGGAGAUCUUUUCUCUGGGGGCUUCUCCCUAUCCGGGUGUUUGCAUUGACGAGUCUUUCUGCAGGAGGCUUAAGGAAGGCACCAGGAUGAGACCCCCAGAAUACGCUACCACUGAGAUAUACCAGACCAUGUUGGACUGCUGGCUGGAUCGUCCCACAGACAGGCCAACAUUCGCAGAGCUGGUUGAACAUCUGGGCAACCUGCUACAGGCCAGUGCUCAACAGGAUGGGAAGGACUACAUCCCUCUGACAGCAAGCAGCGUGGCAGAAGGAUCUCCAGUGACCCCUGACCCCAGGAUCCCCUACAGCAGGCCCCAAAGUGGGGAAAUCCUGGAAGCUCAGCUCCACUACGACAACCCACCAUCCCUUGGACUGUCCCAGCAGAGUGAGCGGUGCAGUCGGCCCCUCAGUGUGAAGAUGUUUGAGGACAUCCCUGUGGCGCACAGCAGUGUCAUGGAGGGUCACACAGACAGUGGUAUGGACUUCUCAUCAGAGGAGGUAAAAGGUUUGAAUCAACAGCUGACAACUACACCCAACUUCAGCCAGCUGCUGCGCUGUAAGAGUAAAGAGUCUCUGGCCUCGGAGUCAUCCAAUCAGACGAGCGGAUACCAGUCAGGGUACCACUCUGACGACACAGACAACCCGAUCUAUGCUAACGAGGAGGUGAUCAUGAAGCACAACAUGCUGAAGAAGCCUCCGCUGCCCAAGACGCCUGACAAAUUCAACAUGGAGAUCCGCUACAGCACACCACCUGUCUGACCCCACACAUUCCCCAGCAACUUAACCCUGAGUCUUUUCACUGUACCCUAUUUGUUUACUUUCCACAGGUAUCACACUUUAGGAACAAUGACAAUCCUUGCAAUACAGCUCGGUUCACUGUGGUGUUGAGAUAUUUUCACAAGAGAUAACUUAAUAAGUCAGCUGUGAAAAAUGAAGGUUGUAUGAUAAGUUUGUAAGUGCAGCUCUUUUUGGACAGCUGGAGGAAUGCUAUCAUGUUUACACAGCGAGUAAAAGGUCUGGGGAGCCGAGACACGAGGACAUGCCUACUUCCUGAGGCGCAAUCCACCCACUUCCUCUAUUGCAGGAAAUGGCAUCUGGAAUUUUUAGAUAAUUGAAUCAGCAAAUGUUUUCUUUCUGUCUUUUCGUUGUUGGCACACUAAAUGCCUAGCAAGGAGUCAGUUCUCUCAGAUCAAUCAGAACAAUGUUUCAUGAGUCACAUUUGUACAGUUCCUUUAUGCAUAUAACUGACAGUAUUUUAUUGAAAGUAUAUUACUAAACCUGCAAUAAAUGUAACUAGUUUUAUAAAAUAAAAAUACUCACAGAUUAA